AUCGCUGAUCCAAAGUAACAAGGGAAACUACUACGAUUAAAUAAUUUUAUCUAGAAAAAUCAAUCUGUGGCUAUUAUAAUACUACUCCACUACUUAUACUCUUCAAACAACAUGGCCAGUUGUGAGAAAGAUGAAGAUGGUGAAUGGGAUGAAUCUAAAUCCAAAGAUUUAGCAGACACAAAUUCACAGCAUGAAGAGUACAUUCAUAAUCCAGAAGAAUUUAUUGAUAUCCAUGGAAGGGAAAGGAAUUUUAAGUCACAGAGUAACAUUUUGAGCAAUGUGAAUUCUCAGCAUGACAUCAAUAACCAGAAUAUGCCCCAGACAGACUAUAAAAACACAUGUACACUCCCUUCAAAUACCAGCACUAGUACCAUACCAGAGCUGAAAGUUCCAGUCCAAGUCAGUGAAGAAUGUGAUAGAGAUUCAGCUUGUAUGGAAACAGAAAAGAAACAAAAUGUUGAAAACAGUGAUGAUGAGUAUCAGUCGGCGAAUGAGGGGGAUGAAGACAGUGAUUAUGAGUUUAUACCUGUAGGUUAUGAGGAAAAUGAGCUCUACAAAGAAACUCUUGAUGACCAGGCAGAUGUUGAAAAUGCUGAAAGUGCUGAAGGUGUGAUAAACUGCGAAGAUGAAUCUAGCAGUGAUGAUGAAUCGAGUAAGGAUGAGAAAGAGCCAGAAAUUGUUGAUGAAAUUGAAGUUAGAAAGAAAAUGGAAGAGUUGCUGACAGAGGAAGAAAAACUGGAAAGAAAAAAUAAAAGUCAGCAGUUAAAAGAUGAGGGCAAUUCUAAAUUUCGUAAUGGAGAUUUUGAUGAAGCUAUGGACGCAUACAGUGAAGCAUUAGAUAUUUGUCCAUUGAAUUUCCACAAAGAGAGAUCAAUAAUGUUUGCGAAUAGAGCAGCUUGUAAGAUGAAAAAGGAGAUGUAUGACAGCGCUAUUAAGGACAGCACAUGUGCAAUAGAACUUCAUCCUCAUUAUAUCAAAGCCCUCUUGAGGCGGGCGGAGUUGUAUGAAAAAACCACCAAACUGGAUGAAGCAUUAAGUGAUUACCAAAAAGUUGUUGAACUUGAUCCAUCCCAGUACCUGGCAAGAGCUGAAUGCAUGAAACUUGCUGAACAGAUUAAAGACAGAAAUGAGAAAAUGAAAGAAGAAAUGAUAGGUAAGCUGAAGGACCUUGGAAAUUUGGUUCUGCGACCUUUUGGCUUGUCUGUCAACAAUUUUAAUCUACAAAAGGAUCCUGACACAGGCUCCUAUUCAGUGCAAUUCCAACAGAACGCUCCUGGAAAUGGCUCAUGACAGUGAAAUAUAGCUUAAACGGAACUGGUAAAAUCUCUUAAAUGGAAUUAUCCCAUAAAUUUCAUCAGUGACUUUUUAAAAAUAGACAGGAUUUUUUUUUGGGGGGG